GCAGCUGGUCACUUUACUUGCACAACUUGCAAUUUUGUCGGCAUUUUUUAUUGCAUUUUUUCUCACUUUUAAAAGUUGAGCAUCAAGUAAUGUAAAGCCUUCAAAAAGAAAAGUUUAAAAAUUCCCAGUUAUGUUUUGGAUAAAAGGGCUACAGAGAUCCAGGCAGGAACUGAACAGGCUUUGUCAGAUACGUAGUCGUCUAAAUUACGGGAGUUUUCCCAGUAUUCGCUCAGUUCGACCGCCAAUCUCCAUAUCCAGAAGCUCGGGAUUCUUUAGCUCCCUCGUUCGUUACAGCUGCAGCGCCAAUCUUCCCCAACCCGCUGAGAUGGCCAGUAAAACCGCUCACUUCGUCCUGCCCAACACUCAGCCCAUUGUCGAUUUGGACUGCAAGAAUGCCUUCGAGAGUCUAACUGAGAAGGAGAAGCACUAUGCCCACCACUUCAGCCAGGCCUCUUGGGACGGCGGACUCAUCGCUUUGAUCCAAUCCAGUCCAGAGGCACCACUCAUCUUCUCCCUUCUACAUCGCAUAUUCCUGGCAGAGAAAAUCCCCGUUCUAAGGGCUAGCGCCCUGAAGGCGGGAGUUUCUGAGGAUGAAUUUACGGGCUUCCUGGUCUACGCCUGCGGUGUGUUCGCCAACACGGGCAAUUACAAGGGCAUGGGAGACAGUAAGAUUGUGCCCAAUUUAUCCGAGCAGAAGUUCGAGGCCAUAGUGAAGGCUUCGGCGGCAUACGCUGAUGAGCCACGCGUGGGCAAAAUCUUCGACAAGGUCAAGAAUCUAAUCUAUGCCCUGGAGGCGCGCAACGAAAUUCUGGGAUUUGCUCCCGACGGAGUCACUACCUACUGGUCGGACAACUGCACGAAGGAGGAUGCAGAGAUUGUAAAUACCUGGCUGACCUCAAAACGCAUCGAACCAUACAUGUGCCGCACCUUUAAAGUGGUUGAAAAUAAUCGCACUUUAUACGAUGUGAAGUUGGGUUCAGUGGCGGAGUCUGCUCAAGACGGAAUCACACUUCCGACGGAAGAAUUCAACGGUAACCUGUUCAGGGUAACCCGCGGUGACUACCAAAAGCUGCUAGAGCGUGUCAACCAACAUUUGCUGGAGGCCCAGAAGUACUCGGCCAAUGAAAACGAGUCUAAGAUGAUCGAGCACUACGUAAGGUCCUUUGAACAGGGUUCGCUGGCCGAGCACAAGAACGGAUCGCGUUGGUGGAUUAAGGACAAGGGACCAGUCAUUGAGACCUACAUUGGCUUCAUUGAAACCUACAGGGAUCCUGCUGGUGGUCGUGCUGAAUUCGAGGGCUUCGUGGCAAUAGUGAACAAGGAGUGCUCAGCUAAGUUCUCCGAACUGGUAAAUCGCGCCGAGAAACUAAUCGAGUACCUGCCAUGGACGGAGCCAUACGAAAAGGACUCCUACCUGAAACCAGACUUCACUUCUCUGGAUGUUCUGACGUUUGCCGGCAGUGGAGUACCAGCGGGCAUUAAUAUUCCCAACUACGAUGAAAUCCGUCAGGAUGAGGGCUUCAAAAACGUUUCGCUGGGCAAUGUCCUGGCCAACAUUAACCGCAAGGAUCCCAUUCCGUUCCUUUCCGAUGAAGAUCAGACCCUAAUGAAGGAGUACAAGGUGAAAGCUUUCGAGGUGCAAGUCGGUCUCCACGAGUUGCUGGGUCAUGGCAGUGGUAAGCUGUUCCGCAUCGACGAGAAAGGUGUAUAUAAUUUCGACAAAGAGAACACCAAGAACUUGAUCACCGGCGGACCCAUCACCAAGUGGUAUCUUCCGGGAGAAACGUACGACACCAAGUUCGGAGCCAUUGGAUCCUCAUACGAGGAGUGCCGCGCCGAGGCUGUGGGCUUGUACCUCUCCCUGCAGCCGGACAUCCUGGAGAUCUUCGGUUUCAAGGACAAGGUGGAGCAAGACAAUAUUAUCUAUGUCAACUGGCUAAGUCUUAUUUGGAAUGGAAUGGGAGUGGCUCUGGAGAUGUUUAACCCGAAAUCCAAGCUCUGGUUGCAGGCACACUCCCGCGCGCGCUUUGUGAUCAUGAAGGUGCUGCUGGAGGCAGGUGAAGGAUUUGUUAAAGUCGAGGAAACUGAGGACGGCAAGAACCUCCGGUUGACUGUGGAUCGCAGCAAGAUCGAUACCGUGGGCAGGAAGGCACUUGGCGAAUUCUUGACCAAGUUGCAGGUGUACAAAUCAACAGCUGACAUCGAUGCGGCCUCCGCCAUGUACGAGCACUAUUCGAAAGUAAACGAGAGCGGCUCUCAUCCGUGGUUUAAGUGGCGAGAUAUAUGUCUGGCACACAAAAAACCGCGCAUGAUUCUCGUCCAGGCCAACACGGUGAUCGACGAGAACAAGAAGGUCCAACUGAAAACCUAUGAACCCAGCCACGAAGGCUAUAUCCAGUCGUGGGUGGAACGCUAUCCCAACACUGACGUCGACGACCUGCUAGAGAACAUCGUGGAGAAGGACAAAAAGUACUUCCCGACUGCCUUCAAAAACUAAAAAAAUUUGCAUUUAAUACUUUCUCCCUUAUUUCAAGACAAUUUGUUAACUAUGAUUUUGAGAUAAAAUUAUGAAACAGUCAUGUAAUGGCAAAGAUAAAAUUGCAA